AAUAUAUCGUAAGAAAUUGUUUUUAGUUAACCAGAAAGCAUGGCGACCACGGGAGCUACUGCGAAAUCUAAACAACCCCUUUCCAAGGAGCAACUUAUUUCAGGUUUUAAUGAAUUGAGACAGCAACAAAGAAUGUUGGCAUCGAGAAUAUCUGAAAUUGAAAUGGAUAUGAAAGAACAUGAUUUGGUUAUAGAUGUCUUGAAAGGUGUUGAUGCAUCACGAAAAUGCUAUCGAAUGAUAGGUGGUGUCCUUGUUGAAAGAACAGUUGGUGUUGUGUUACCAGGUCUCAUUACAAAUAGAGAAAAGAUGAAGGAAUACACAGACUCAUUACGCACAAAUUUAGAAACAAAAGGGAAAGAAUUGAACCAGUUUAGGGAAACUCAUGGUAUUCAGAUCAAAGCAGAUGACAGUAAAGAUGAAAAACCCGCACCCAAAUCAGGCGACCGUCAGGCUAAUAUUUUAGCAAGUGUUUAGUAAUUUAAAGAACACUAGAUUAUUUUGUUUAACUUUCGUUUUUACUUUUUUUUUUACAAAUAUGUCCAUUCUUGAAAAUGGCUAAAAUAAAGUCACUUUUCAGUUACAUUUUGGAUUUUAAACACUGCAAGGAUAUUUUUAUGUCAAGAACGCAAAGGUUUCUGAAUAUAUAUGGUGGAAAUAAUGUUUACUGGGUAUUCAAAAUAACACUGCUUCUGUCUGAUUUAUUGUUUAUGCCCUUAUUGCACUGCUACAUAUUAUAGUCCUAAUAUUUGAAAUUUUUUUUAUUUUGAAAAAUGUUUAAUAAUUUGGGCAUUCAAAAAUAAUAUAUGUCUAAUAGAAAAAGACAGUUUAGCAUACUAGGUCAACAUAAAAUAGUCUGGCAAAAUGUGUACAAACAUUUACUCAUUUGUUCUUAAAAUUAAUUUUUAAAGAAUAUUUAUGCUCUUGACUGCUAUUUUUUUUGAGUGAGAAUUUGUGUUUUAAGUUAAAUGGAUUUAUUGGGUUGGUAUGCAUGACACCAGUAUUUUAUAUUGCAAUAAAACUAAUUUCAAUUUACUGGCCUUUUGUACAGAAGCUUGAUCUUUUUUUUAAAAUAUGAAAAAAUGAUCUUUAAUUUGGCAGUAAUUAUCAAGAGCUAUGUUAUGCUUAUGCGUCUGAAAAUAUCUGAGCAUUUUUAUGACUGGGUUGUAUAUAUAUUAUUUAUACCAUCAAAAAAGUACUUACAUGGUGAAAAUAAAGUGAGAUCUUUAUAAAAUAGAUUGUUUUGUCUGGCUUGAAAAUUGCUUUUAGUAUUUUUCUUUUUAAAACUUCAUAGGAAUUGGAGAAUAAUUCAUGCCCAUCUGUAUUUGAGUGCAUCGGUUGGUUUAAUAAAUGUACUACUAAUGGAACAAUCAUUUUGUUAACUUUGGUUGAUCAGUUAUUUUAUUAUUGUAGACAUCUUUUGAUAAUAAACUGCUACUUGUAAUUAAA